AUUAUAUUGAUUGCAGCAAUCAGUGGUGAUGGAUUCAUCGCAAGAGAUAUCGGAUUCCAAAAUACGGCGGGGCCGCAAGCGAAGCAAGCCGUGGCCCUAUAUGUCGCUUCGGAUCGAUCGGUGCUGUACAGGUGUAGUAUCUCUGGGUACCAAGACACGCUAUACGCGCUGGCCUUCCGCCAGUUCUACAGGCAGUGCGACAUUCUCGGCACAAUCGACUUCAUCUUCGGCAACGCCGCCGCUGUCUUUCAGAGCUGCAAUCUAGUCCUACGCCAACCUCACUCCGGAGGCUUCAACGUCAUCUUGGCCAAUGGCAGGAGCGACUCUGGCCAGAACACCGGCUUCUCCGUCCAGAGCUCCAGGAUCGUUCGUUCUGCCGAUUUCUCUGGGGGGCAUAAAGCUUACCUUGGGAGGCCUUGGAAGCAGUACUCGAGAUCGGUGGUGAUGCAGUCCAGCAUCGACGGUGCCAUAGACGCCAGAGGUUGGGUGGAGUGGUCGGGUGGGUUCGCCCUCAAGACUCUCUACUUUGCGGAGUACCAGAACUCGGGACCUGGCGCCAGCACUUCUCAGAGGGUGCAAUGGACUGGGUUUCACCUCAUCUCCGCUCCCGACGCACUUCAGUUUACGGUCGCCAAGUUCAUCGGAGGGAACUCUUGGUUGCCUUCUACUGGUGUCACUUACGUCUCCAGCCUUUAAUACGUCACAUGUAAUUAAUGUUCUUCAUUCCUCAUGUUCUGUUAGCUGCCCUGUAAGAAUUAUUGCUAGGGUUUUCUAUGAUUCUGCCCAUAUCCCCUAAAUAAGAUGGUGAUAUCAUGACUUGUAAAAAAAAGUUUGGCAUUCCGGCCAGUACUUGGCUUCUAGCAUGUCUUUGUGUAAUUCAUGUAUGUUAUAUGUAAAUAACAGUUUUUAUUCAGAUAAA